UUUCAUUCUGAAAAUCCCGGGAUCCACGCAUCCCCCGGUGUGAAAGAUGACAAUGCCCGCUAUCCCCUCAACCCAGAGGGAAGGGCACCAUGCCUAUAAUAGUAGCCUGUGCCGUGCGCUUUUCUCUCUUUGGCGUGGGAAGUCAUUUCAUUGUAUAUCGUUUGACAGACUCGUCAUUCAGUAUUAGUCACGAUGAAGGUUUCCCCUCCAAAGUCCCUGCGUGACUCACUGCGUCAAGCCUUACGCCGAAGAGAGCUGAAAUCUGCUCGUCGAAGGCUCACAGUGCUCCCUCAGAGCUCGGUGGACUUCUCGUCUAACGACUUCUUGUCGCUAUCGACAUCCCCCGUAUAUCGUGCUCGGUUAAUAGACCAUCUUCAACAGGCACCGUCCUUCUACCCAUUUGCCAGUGGGGGCUCCCGGCUCCUAGAUGGCAAUUCAGCCUAUGCUGAGGAGCUUGAGAGCUUCAUUGCCGAUUUCCAUGCUGCCCCCAGCGGCCUGCUGUUCAAUUCGGGCUUCGACGCCAAUGUUGGGGUCUUAUCGUGCAUCCCUCAGCCGGGUGAUCUGAUCGUGCAUGACGAGCUCAUCCACGCGAGUGCCCGGGAAGGCAUGCGGUUGUCACGAGCGGGCAAACGGGUCCAGUUCGCUCACAGCUCACCUUUGGGCCUGGAAGAAGUACUACAAGCAGAGGUCGAUGCGGACCCAUUCAUACAAAACGGCUCACGGAAUGUCUUCAUCGUGGUUGAAUCCGUCUAUAGCAUGGAUGGAGACAUUGCCCCCAUCCGGGAAUUCAUCGAAGUGGUAGAUCGACUUCUUCCGCGGGGUAACGGCUAUUUUAUCGUGGACGAAGCGCAUGCUACGGGAACAUUCGGUCCCCGUGGGGCGGGUGUUGUGCAGGAACUAGGGCUAGAGGAGCGGAUAUUUAUCCGGGUACAUACAUUUGGUAAAGCGCUAGCGAGCCAUGGAGCAAUCGUAUUAUGCUGUUCCGAUACUCGAGAUUAUCUGAUCAACUACGCCCGCAGCUUGAUCUACACCACGGCACUGGGAUUCCCAUUCCUGGCGUCGAUCCGCACGGCAUAUGAAUUGCUGUCCGAGGGUGUUACAGAGCCUCUGCAAGAAAAACUUCAACAGUUGAUUCUGUACCUCCGGACACGCCUUGGAGACCUUGGUUCGUGGGACCCUGUUGUCUUCGAAGUAGACCAUUUCCCGAGAUCCCCCAUCUUUUCCUUGCGCAGCCCCAUGCCUCGCCAGCUGGCGGCGCAAUGUCAACAAGAAGGGUUCACUGUACGUGCAAUUAUGGCACCCACCGUCCCCGCAGGAAAGGAGCGGGUGCGAGUGUGCCUGCACACGGGGAAUACGAUGGAGGAGAUCGACGGGUUUGUCGACACCAUCCAGUACUGGCUAAACAAAGUGACGGACAAGAAGACCGCGCGGCUUUGAGCGGUACUGUUAUCCAUUUGUUUCCAUGUCCUGAUGGCGAUUCCGAAUUUAACCACAACAAGUUGUAUAUUGUAUAUAGUUGACAGUACAACAAGAGAUACCGAAAGACCGCACAAAGCAAAAAUAAAGACAAAAAAAGCCCCUCAUACUGUUUCAAAAUAUCAAAAACUUCAGACAAGUCGGACAAGUAGGAGGACCUUGCCAAUCGCCCAAAAGCCACUGACCAAUACACUCCCGAUGAUAAUUCGUCGCACAAUAACUCUGACACCAGACCAAAAACCCCCGGAUCAUCACAUCUACUCUUAGAAAGCCCUCUCUCGUCCGCAGUAUAUUUGAGAGCCCACGCACCAGACACCUCAACCCGAAACGGAAGCAAACAAACCCCACACUCCCCCUCGAUAAUUUUCGGCGAGACUAUCCAUCCAGCAACAUCAUUCCAUGCCUGACCAGCCAGCUCCGA